AUGAGUCUUGGUUUUGUGAUCACUGCCAGUUGUUCGAUUAUUCUUGGAUUUGUCACAUAUUACUUAUGGAUAUGGACGUAUUGGAUACGAAGAGGAGUCAAUGGACCUAGGGGGAAACCAUUUGUGGGGGUUCUGGAUGUUCUGUUGGAUCAUGAAAAGCCGGGAUUGUUGCAGUUGAGCGAGUGGACUAAGAAAUACGGAAAAGUGUAUGGUAUUACUGAUGGUACGCAGAAGACGCUGAUCGUCUCGGAUCCCUCAAUGGUCUAUGGCAUUUUUGUGAAAGCAGAAUGCGCGGAUAAUUUCUACGGACGAAAACUGAAUCCACUCCAAGGGAAUCCAGAAACAGAUCAACGUGUACAUAUGCUGGCUGCUCAGGGAGGUAGAUGGAAAAGGCUUCGAACGAUUUCGUCUGCUAGUUUCUCGAAUGCAAGUUUGAGAAGAAUGAUGGGUACUGUAGAGGAUAGUGCAUUGGAAUUGUUGAGGCAUAUCGAGGAGAAAACUGCAGGAGGGAAACCGAUUGAUAUGUUGAAAUUCUACCAAGAAUACACUAUGGACGUUAUCAGCCGUGUUGCCAUGGGCCAACGUGACACUCAAAUGUUCAAAAACCCAUUCGUCGACCUUGUCAGAAAAGUAUUCUGUGGAGAUCGAAAGAACAUCUUACUCUUCUGUCAAGUCUUCCCAACAUUCGGUUACAUGAUUCGAGAUCUCACUUUUAAGUUCUCUGGUAAAAUACCAGCGUUCACAUUGUAUACGGUAGUUCGAGAUGCGGUUUUUGCAAGAAUUGCUCAACGACAACGGGAGCUUGAGAUGGGGGCGGAGCUCGGAGAGUCACAAGAUUUUAUUGAUUUGUUCUUGGAUGCUAGAUCAGAAACGAAAGAGAUGGGAUUGACAGAGGAGGAGGAGGAGAAAGAGUUUUCAAAACGAGGAAUGAAAGUGACGAAAGUGCUGAGUACCGAUGAAGUUGUCGGACAAUGUUUCUUGUUCUUAAUUGGCGGAUUCGAUACGACUGCGUUGGCAUUGUCUUAUGUAACAUAUUGUCUGGCUACAAAUCCAGAAGUUCAGAAGAAAGUUCAAGAAGAAGUGGACAGAGAGUUCGGAGAUAAGGAUGUGGAGUUCGAUAAACUGGGAAGACUGAAGUAUAUGGAUUGUGUGCUCAAGGAGACGUUAAGGUUGUAUCCGUUGGCUGCGAUCUCGAAUGCUCGUAAAUGUAUGAGAACCACCACUGUGAACGGAAUCGAAAUCGAAGCGGGCACAUACGUUCAAGUGGAUACAUGGUCCCUACACUAUGACACCUCGAUUUGGGGAGAAGAUGCCAUGGAAUUCAAACCAGAGAGAUGGACAACAGAUAAUCCGUUAGAACACAAAGGAGCAUAUCUUCCAUUCGGGUUGGGAGUCCGUCAAUGUAUCGGAAUGCGAUUGGCUCAGAUGGAGCAGAAGGUUCUCUUGACUCAUAUUCUCAAAAAAUAUUCGUUCGAAACUGGUCCAAUGACUUCAAUUCCGUUGAAACUGGUAGGAAGUGCAACUACUUCUCCAGAAAAUGUCUAUGUUCAUCUGACUUCUAGACACUUGUAA